AUGACUAUCACACUAAACAAGUUUGGUGAGGUAUGCCAGAUUGCGAAAGCAGGUGGUUUGCCUAUUAGAGCAUUGGCUCUGUUGCAAUGUGCGAGGAUUGCAUUGGUCAAAGUGCAGGAAAUUACGGCGUUUCUCCAGAAGAGGCUUGAGGAAGACUCAGCAGCGAGGACGAGAAGAGAGAACUUGUUGGAAAGCACGGCGCAGAACGCAAGAUAA